GGUUUGACCAAAAAAGAAUUUGAAUGAUUCAGGAUUUCAAGGGAGAGGCGUCUUUCCGCUACCGCUUCCCUGUUGCCUCUCGCCGAUCAAGUUCCGUCCCAGAACCUUUCUCGCUUUCCUUCCUCGUCUGCACACACUCAAUUUUAUCCUCAACACUCCCAACAAUCUUCACUUCGUUUUUCCGUAGAUGACUGUGCUGCUGCCCCGAAAAUGUCGGCUUUUCUACUCCUCCUAAUGUAACCGCUAGGGCUCGUUUGCCCAUCUUCUCUUGACAGCACAGAGCGACCUAAGUUUAUUUGUCACUGCUACGUUGAUUCCCAGUAUUAUGGAAGCUGAAGAGGUCGAAAGAGUUGGGAGGUUCCAUUUUGUAUCGAAAUUGAUAUUAUCCGCCAUUUCUGGGGCUCUCACGGGAUGUUUUGCCAUUGCUGGAGCCAUCACAGGAGCUAUAGCUGGCGCAUUAGCGAGUAGGGCUUCUGAGAGCGGUUUUCUCCGUGGAGCUUCACUGGGGGCCAUUGCUGGAGCUAUAAUAUCUGUCGAGGUGUUAGAAGCUUCCCGUGCCUAUUGGUGUUUAGAGCAAACUGGCUCAAGGAGCUCAUCAUCCAUGGCAGAUUUCAUAGAGCAACUUGUUCGUGGGAGGCUUGUAGAGGAACAAUCUACACCAACUAUACUCACUGCCUACAGUUGGCAGGUUGGGGUUGCUAAUACAGGCUACGAUGAGAUCCCCGAGGUUCAUAGCUUAGUUUCACCUAGAGGAUUGUCUGGGGAUUCGUUGAAGAAGUUACCACACCAUGUUAUCUUAAAGGACAUGAAGACGGAGAAUCUCUGCUGCACAAUAUGUUUGCAGGAUAUUGAAGUAGGAGAGGUGGCGAGGAGCUUACCUAGAUGUCAUCAUACGUUUCACUUGAACUGUGUGGACCGAUGGCUUGUCAAGAAUGAUUCAUGUCCUGUCUGCAGACAAUAUGUAUAGUUUAUCUAUUUUUCAUUUCGAGCUCAUAUUUUUGGGCCCAUGCAUAUUGUACGAUAUUUCGCUAUUUGCAAACGACGAGUUCCUAAAAUUGGGGAGGGGAAUUUUGUACAGCUGAAGGUUAAUAAUGUAAUUAUCUCUGUUUGAAGUAUUAAGUCUAUGUAGACCCUCAAAUACGGGAUCCCAUGUCUACUCAACCAGGAAGAAUAAGCACCAGUGAUGGACGCAACACAUGAAUAAGAUCUUUCCCAUGUAACGAAGACCAUACUAUGCUUCUGUAUGUUUUGUGUUGUGCAAAAAUAGAGAAAUCUGAAGCAAUGUUUGGUAUGGGGAAAUGUAUUGUUUAGUAAAGAAAUGGGAACGUGAAUCGCUAA